AUGUCUGACAAGAAAGUUGAUAAAGAAACAGACAAGCUGACGAAAAGUAUGAAGGGUCUUGUCAUUGGGGCCAGUGGCAAUAUUCCUGGAUUAAUGCAUAGCCAGAUUCAGAAGAUGGUUGAGAAAUGCGGUGCCAUUUACACCGACAGGAAUGUAAGCAAAUGCACCCAUCUUGUCACCACACAGGCUGGCAUCAAGAAAGGAUUGACAAAAGUUGGUCUGGCCAUAGAGUCAGGAGACUGUCACCUUGUCAACGUGGACUGGCUGUUGAAGAGCAUUGAGAACAAAAGUCCCGAGAAAGUCCAGCAGUACAGUUUGCUGCAAAGCAAAGAUGUUAAGGUCACUGACUUAACCGACAAGAAGCGUGCGCGAAAAUCCACCUCCGUCGACGAAGACACGCACCCUUCGAAGAAGGUCAGGGAUGAGGACCAAUCCAAACUGGCAAAGCUCACUGCUCUGGUGGAUAAAUCCGUGGUCAUGAAGUACAAAUCACGAAAAACGAGGUCGGUCUGGAUGGAUAAUUCUGGGGAGAUUUGGGAUGCAACACUUAUCAACAGUAUUGCUCACCCAGACAAGCCUCAGGAGACUUCCAUCGUUCGACUCCAAAUCAUCACUCAGUCCCAUUGCUGCGUUCGACUCCAAACUAUCGCUCAAUCCCAUUACUGCAACUAUAUCUCUUAUGAAAUUAAGCGUGAGAUUCCGGAUACUUCAGCUAAACAUACGGUUCUCCAUGACAAAAAGGUUUAUCGGGACUUAAACCAUGCCAAAGACGAUUUCAAGAAAAGAUUUCGCGAACUCAGCGGUCUCGACUGGAAAUGUCGAAACCAAAUUCCAACAGAUGACAAGAAACAUGUGUUUGUGGAACUUCAACUUGAGCAGCCUCUGGUUCUGGUCAGUGAGAAUCACAAAUUGGCUGACAGCGUUGAGAGGGUUUUGAGUCUCAUCUUUGAGAAUGGUCUUUUGGAUCAAAUUUCCAACAGAAUGAGCAGCGGGGGUCGUAAGAUGUAUCUCAUGCAAGAUUCCGAUGGUUACGCUCUUCAAGCUGCGAUUGCACUUUUGAGAAAGAUCAGGGUGCUUGAAGGAGAUGCUCUGAAAUCCUACGAUCUGCAAGUCAAACACUUACAAAGCCUGUACUCUGUCCUCAUGAUGGUGGGCCAACAGCUCAAGCCAACCAAGGAUGAGCUGUUGAGUCUCGAUUUGGCACUCAAGCUCCACACUGCCAGCAACAUCGUGGGACAAAAGAAUUUGACAAAGGCAUUGACAAGGAGUCAAAUAUCGCAUGCGCUUGGUCUGGCAACGUUGACCCCAGGUGAGAUGGUUUCGUGGUGUUCUCCCUUCUUUCUGGCCAGACAAGAAUUCCAACCCUGA